AUGGCUUAUUCUGAUGAUAUAACGUUAAUAUGGUUAAGCACGACAACAAAUGAAGAUCAUGAUAAAUAUCGAAGGAUGCGUGAUCAUUUACAGCAAGCUGAGCUAAAUUCGAAAAUUUUCGUCGAUUCGAAAGAAUGCAUGGAUUACAUGAAGACUCUUGGCAGAACAAAGAUACUUUUUGUUACUGAUGAACCUUCCGUUGAUGGUAUUUUAUGCAGACCAGAUGAGCUUGUAAAUGUCCUGUGCUUUUUUGUUAUUUCCAACGAUGAUCAAUGUGAAGAACGUCUAAAUCAGAAGUAUUCCACAACUGCAGUUGUAACGAUUCCGGUUCAACAAGAAUCUCUCGUAGAACUAGUUAAUGUUUACACACGUCUUGAAAUUGAACAAGCAUCAUUUUCUCUUUUCGAUGAAAAUCAAAAAUCAACAAGAAAUUUCAAGACAGAAUUUCCUUCGUUCUUAUGGACACAGUUACUACUUGAGGUUUUAACACAUUCCGUAGAUGACAGAACGAACGCUAUGAACGAAAUGUUGGAUGUUUGUAAACAAGUCUACAAGACCAAUCAAACGCAAUUAAAUGCAAUUGAAACAUUUUCUAACACUUAUGAACCGAGAAGAAAUGCUAUAAAUUGGUAUACAAAAGACAGUUUUUGUUAUCGUAUUCUCAACGAAGCACUUCGAACGGAGAACAUCGAUUAUCUGUAUUCCUUUCGCUUUUUUAUCAGUGAUAUGUGUCAACAAUUGCAACAAGAAAGAUUAAAAAGCAGCCGAUCAAUAAAAUUAUACCGUGGACAGCGAAUGGCUAAAUCGGAAAUUGACAAAUUGAAACAAAAUAUCGGCUCAUUCAUAUCUACGAAUGGAUUUUUAUCGACCUCUCGCAGUAUAAGAGCUGCUACGCUCUUUUUAAAAGGCGGACUUUGCAAAAUAAGUCCUAUUCAAUGUGUAUUAUUUGAAAUUACUAAUGAUCCAUCAGUUAAAUCUGUCAUAUUUGCUGAUAUUAAACAUCUGAGUCAAUUGAAUAGUGAACGUGAAGUCUUAUUUACUCUGUCAUCGGUUUUUCAAAUCAAGGAAGUUUAUUUCGAUGACAAGAAUUUGAAUGUCUGGGUUGUGAAAAUGGUUACAGCAAGCGCAAGUUCGCUCAAAACCCGGAAGUAUAUUGAUGCCGUCAAGAACGAAUACCAGCAUCUAAGUACAGAUGCCAUGUUUGCCAGUCUCCUCAUUACUAUGGAUGAACUAGGGAAGGCUGAAUUGUUUAUCAAACGAAAGUUAUCGAUACUAGCAGAAAAUACUUUAGAAAAUGCGGCAUUUCUUGUUGCAAGUGGAAACCUUCAUCUUCGAAAAUCUCAAUAUAAAAAAGCUGAGGAAGCAUUCAAUCGUGCAUACACAAUUCGACGAGAUUUGUUACCACCCGAUGAUAUGCUUAUUGCUCGAUCUCUGAACGAUUUAGCUGCAGUCUGUUCUUCCAUUUCCGAUCUGAAAAAAGCGAUUGAAUACAACGAACAAGCUCUUGCAAUUGAUCAGAAAUUAUUUCGACAAGAAAACAUAUUAAUCGCCAAAGACAUGAUUUACUUGGGAAAAAACUACGAAGCCAAUAAUGAUUUAGCUAAAGCUUUGUUUUACUUCGAUAAAGCUCUCAAAAUGCAAAAACGUCUGCUACUUCCUGUUGAACAACAUUCGACAAUCGCCAGUACAUUGUGGAGUAUUGGUUUAGUCUAUAUAAAAAGACCUGAUUACAGACUCGCACUUGCCAACUUCGAACAAGCACUUCAGAUCUACGAAACGACAUUACCGUGUGGUCACGAUCAAAUAAUUAAGCUUUUGUCGGCAAUUGUCGAUACUUAUAUUGCAAAAGAAAAUUUUCGCACGGCAUUCGAAUUCUGUGAAACAAAAUUAAAUUAUUUUCUGCUACAGUUAGAAACAGAUCAUCCAAGUAUUGGCAAAAUGUGCAAGUUGAAGGGUUAUAUUGCAUUUAAACGUGGUGAUUACGAUGACGCAUUAAAAUUGUUUCGAGAAGCAGUACAGAUAUUGCAGAAACAUCAAAAAUCUGAGUACGAGUCGAUUUUAGACUGUUUAAAAUAUCUUGUUGAAACAGCGAAACAUAAAGAAGAUCACUUCGAUGCGUUCGAUUAUUUAUCUCUUGCAGAAAAAGUACAAAUGAAAAUAUAUGUACAUGAGCAACCUCAAGUUGGUGAAUUACGUCGACAGGCUGGUUUAGUUCAUAUGCAUUUUAAAACCUAUCGUAUAGCAGAAGAUUAUUUCCGCAAGGCUUUAACAAUAUUCCGACAAAAUUUCAACGAAGAUCAUGACGAUGUCAAAACCACAUUGGAUUAUCUGAAGAAAGUGAAAGACAUACAACACAGAUACUAG